CUGCUGCGGGCGCGGGAGGCGGCGCAGUUCCUGCGGCCCCGGCAGCGCCGCGCCUUCCAGGUCUUCGAGGAGGCCAAGCAGGGCCACCUGGAGAGGGAAUGCGUCGAGGAGCUGUGCAGCAAGGAGGAGGCCCGGGAGGUGUUCGAGAACGACCCCGAGACGGACUACUUUUAUCCAAGAUACUUAGAGUGCAUUUCCAAAUACGGAUCUCCGUACACCAAAAACCCACAUUUUGUCACAUGCGUUCAAAACCUGCCUGAUCAGUGCACUCCGAACCCCUGCAAUAAGGAGGGGACCCAGGCCUGCCAAGACCUCAUGGGCAACUUCUUCUGCCUGUGUAAGGCCGGCUGGGGGGGCCGGCUCUGUGACAAAGACGUGAACGAGUGUGGCCAGCGGAACGGCGGCUGCGGCCAGGUCUGCUACAACAAGCCAGGCAGCUUCCAGUGCGCCUGUCACAGUGGCUUUGCACUGUCCCCUGACGGCAAGACGUGCCAAGACACAGACGAGUGUGCAAACUCGGAUGCCUGCGGGGCGGCACGCUGCAAGAACCUGCCAGGCUCCUACUCGUGCCUCUGUGACGAGGGCUACGCAUACAGUGUCCAGGAGAAGGCCUGCCAAGAUGUGGACGAGUGCCUGCAGGGCCGCUGCGAGCAGACCUGCGUCAACUCCCCAGGGAGCUACAGCUGCCACUGCAACGGGCGCGGGGGCCUCAAGCUGUCCGCUGACAUGGACACCUGCGAGGACAUCUUGCCGUGUGUGCCUUUCAGUGUUGCCAAGAGUAUGAAGUCCUUGUACCUGGGCCGUAUGUUCAGUGGGACCCCUGUGAUCAGACUGCGCUUCAAGAGGCUGCAGCCCACCAGGCUCGUGGCUGAGUUUGACUUCCGGACCUUUGACCCUGAGGGGGUCCUCUUCUUCGCUGGGGGCCAUCAGGACAGCACCUGGAUCGUGCUGGCCCUGAGGGCCGGCCGGCUGGAGCUGCAGCUGCACUACAACGGUGUGGGCCGUGUCACCAGCAGCGGGCCGGUCAUCAACCAUGGCAUGUGGCAGACGAUCUCGGUCGAGGAGCUGGAGCGCAAUGUAGUCAUCAAGGUCAAUAAGGAUGCUGUCAUGAAAAUCGCGGUGGCAGGGGAUCUGUUUCAGCUGGACCGAGGACUGUACCAUCUGAACCUCACCGUGGGAGGGAUUCCCUUCAAGGAGAAACACCUCGUGCAGCCUAUAAACCCGCGUCUGGAUGGCUGCAUGAGGAGCUGGAGCUGGUUGAACGGCGAAGACACUACCAUCCAGGAGACCGUGAAGGUGAACACGAGGAUGCAGUGCUUCUCUGUGACGGAGAGGGGCUCCUUCUACCCCGGGAACGGGCUUGCCAUCUACAGCCUCAACUACUCGCGGACACCGCCAGAUGUGGGGACGGAAACAGCCUGGGAAGUCGAGGUCGUGGCUCGGAUCCGCCCCGCCACAGACACAGGGGUGCUGCUCGCACUGGUGGGCGACGGCCACACCGUCCCCCUCUCUGUGGCCCUGGUCGACUACCACUCCACAAAGAAGCUUAAAAAACAGCUGGUUGUGCUGGCAGUUGAGGGCAUGGCCCUGGCCCUAAUGGAGAUCAAGGUCUGCGACGGGCAGGAGCACGUGGUUGCCGUCUCCCUGAAAGCAGGCGAGGCCUCCCUGGAGGUGGACGGCACCAAGGGCCAGAGCGAGGUCAGCGCCGCCCAGCUGCAGGAGAGGCUGGCCGUGCUGGGCAGGCACCUGCAGGGCCCCCUGCUCACCUUCAUCGGGGGUCUGCCAGAUGUGCCAGUGACGUCAGCGCCAGUCACGGCGUUCUACCGCGGCUGCAUGACGCUGGAGGUCAACCAGAAGCGCCUGGACCUGGAUGAGGCCACGUACAAGCACAGCGACAUCACCUCUCACUCCUGCCCUCCAGUCGAGCACGCCGCACCCUAGACCCGCUGCUGCAGGACACACGUGUGAAUAAAGACCCCUCACGCCUUUCCCCUGAAACCAGAGGAGGCCGGUGUGAACCCCAGCCCCAUACCGCGUGCACAGGCCCCAGACCCCGAGGCCAGCAGGGCUGCCCGCUCGCAAGCUGCUUUCCUUUGAGACCUUCCGUUGCCUUGUAACAUAUCUGUACAUAGUGAGGGACCGAUGGUGACCUGGGCCACCCCAACCGGGCCCCGCCGCUGCGAGCUGGGCUGCAGACAGGAGCUGGGCGCGGGAGGGGCGGCCCACAGCACAGCGGCCUGCAAGAAAAUAGUUCUCUAUUAUUUUUAUUACCAAAUGCUUCUUUCUGAGUAAAAUAUGGAAAAUAAAACAUUUACGGAAAAC